AUGACGAGGGCCCACCUGCAAACGGCGGCCGCGGCGCAGCGGCGGCCGACGGUGGCGCUGCUGCUGGGCCUGGCGCUCGCCUUCUGCCUCGCCGUCCUCUCCAUCCAGUCCUCCUUCUUCGCCGCCCCAGGGGCGCCGGGCAGGAGGCUGGAUCUGGACGCCGACGACGUGCGCGAGCUCGCGGGGUUCCAGUCCCGCGUCCAGCAGUGCGUGGCUAGCAGAGGACUUGGUCUCACAGCAGAUGUUAUUGAUCAUUGCAAGCUGGUCCUUAAGUUUCCUGAAGGAACCAACAGCACCUGGUAUAAUUCCCAGUUCAAGAUUUUUGAACCUCUAGAAUACAAAUAUGAUGUCUGUGAAACUAUCCUAUUGUGGGAACAGUACCGCAACAUGACAACUGUAUUGACAAGGGAAUACUUGGAUGUGAGGCCUGAUGGAUGGUUGGAUUAUGCGGCUAAAAGGAUUGCACAGCUUGGUGCUGAUAAAUGCAACAACCAUACUCUCUGUGAUGAGCUCCUUAGCAUUUUACUGCCUGCUAAACCCCCUUCCAUCCACGCCAGUUUGCGACAUGUGCAGUUGUUGAAAUAUGCUAAACAUGUUGGAUGGAAAAGGGACUUUCGACUGGUUGUCCGGGGUGCUGCUCGAAAUAUGGCACCAAUACUGAAGGGCUCCUCUGAUGAGGCACUUAUCAUUAAAAGUUUGACGCACAAAGAAAUCAAUGCGGUGAUAAAGGAACUUCCAAAUCCUGUCUACCUUUUCCAAGGUAUAGUUUUAAGAAGAGGUGCUAAAGGAACUGGCAUGAAGUCCAUAGAACUGGCCCUUUCCAUGUGUGAUAUUGUUGACAUGUAUGGUUUUACAGUUGAUCCUGGGUACACAGAAUGGACACGGUAUUUCACAGGCCCUAGGAAAGGACAUAAUCCACUGCAAGGCCGAGCUUAUUAUCAACUUCUGGAAUGCCUUGGGGUCAUUCGUAUUCAUUCUCCCAUGAGAGCACAAAGGGUGGAAGAUUGGUCAGACAUACCAAGCAAAGAAGAGAUCAGAAGGGCACACGCUGCAGCUUUUCAUCUAAAAAAGCAUGAAGCUGGCCAGCCAGCUGAGCUGGGGCCAUUUAGCAAUUGCAAGGUGUGGGGAACAGUUGACCCUGACUAUGGACCGGUAUCAGGCACUUCAGAUAUGAGUGAGACACGCAAGAAUUCAAACUACAGCAAGUGGGAGUUGCUUCCACUUGAGAAGCUGAGAAGAGAAGCUCAGGAACACCAUAUCCAAAUGGGUGGCGUGUCUCUAUACAAGAUGGAUGGAAACAAGUUGGAUGAUCUUGUCUGUGUGAGGCACCAGCGUUCAUCAAGUUAA